AUGCCCAAGACGAUGCCAAAAAGCUUGACUCUCCUCUGUGAGUGGGGACUGAUCCCUGCAUUGUUGGCCUCCAUUGCCCUAAGCAGCGCCUCGCCCACCAUCUACUUUCCCGACGCUGCUACGACCUCCGUCUACUCGGCGGAGACGAGUCUCCCUUACCACAAAAAUGCGUCUUAUCCAUACCUCGGACAAGCUCCGGCUAAAAUUGCUUUCCCCUUGUCGCCUUCGCCAAAGGGCCCAAAAUGCGUGGUAACACCCUUGGGUUGGGGUCAGGAUGACUCUUCUCAGAUUCUCGCCGCGGUGGAAAAGUGCGGUGUCAAUGGCACCAUCACCCUGCCUGCCCCGUAUGUGUACACGAUCUCUCGUCGGAUGUACAUGAAGCUUGAGAAUGCCCGCCUCGAGGUCUUUGGGACGCUCUCAUUCACCCCCGACCUGGUCUACUGGAUCGACAAUUCAUUCCGCGUGGAGUUCCAGAAUCAAUCCACCGGCUGGAUCGUCGAGGGCCACGACUUCGAGAUCGAUGGAGGAGGCUGGAUGCGGGGCGGAGUGGACGGCAACGGCCAAGCAUGGAUGACCCAUGCAGCCGGACACUCCAAUCAAUUUGGCCGUCCCAUUGUCCUCUCCAUCUACAAUUCGUCCAAUGUUAUUGUGACCAACUUCUCCAUACGCCAGCCUCAGUUCUGGUCCUUCUGGGUCCAGGAUUCGUACAACGUGGAACUGAGCAGGGUAUAUAUCAAUGGCACCAACACCGACCCGUACGGCAACUCCUCCAAUUACGAAACUAAUAUUGACGGCCUGGACACCUUGCGCGUUGACCAACUGCUCGUCAAGGACUGGCAAUUCCAUGGCGGGGAUGACUGUCUCGCUCUCAAGGGCAACACAACGAACGUGGUCAUCAGCAACAUGACAUGCGCUGGUGGAGGAAUUGCCUUUGGUUCCAUCGGCCAAUACGUCGAUUCACCGGACUAUAUCUUCAAUGUGACCGCGACCAAUAUAUCCGUCUCUCAAGAUGUCAGUCCGCGCACCGGUGGAGCCGCAGUGGGCGGAGGGGCAUACUUCAAAUCGUGGGUCGGGAAAGAAGAGGGUGUCCCUCCUCAAGGUGGUGGAGGUGGCACAGGCAGAGUCUCCAAUAUCAGCUUCACGGGCCUCACCACCCACAACGUCAGUCAAGCCGUGUAUAUCAACAAGUGCUAUUUCAAGGUUCCCGAUCAAGCGCACUAUUGCGACACCAGCACUCUGGAGUUUGAAAAUUUACAUUUCUCAGACGUUUCGGGAACGGUCAGCGGCAAGGUUGGAGCGGCCUUGAAUUGUUCAGCCGCCGCGCCAUGUACCAAUAUCGAGUUCCAAAACGUGCAUUUGGCCAAUUCCGGAACGAAUGCGUCUGUCAAUGGCACCUGCGUGAAUGCAAAGAAUGUCGUGGGCAUGAAAUGUAACAGCACGUUAACUUGA